GUUCACACGAGCCCAUUCAGAACGCCGAACCGCAGAAACCCCACUCCUCCCACUCGCAACUCCACGCCGCGGCGGCGCUGCUCCACCACUCCCCCGCAAAUCCCUCGACGGAAACCCCAAUCCGGCGACGCGACGGCGGCCCGAUGCCCCCCACGACGAGCCUCCUUCUGGCGCAGUGCGGCCGCCACUCGCCGCCGGCGCUGGUCGACGACGCCAUGAGGGAGAUCUUCCUGCGCGUCCCGGCGGACGACCCCAAGACCCUCGUCCGCGCCGCCGCCGUCUGCACGACCUGGAGCCGCAUCCUCUCCGACGUCAUCUUCACCCGCGAGUACCGCGCCUUCCACGGGGCGCCGCCCAUGCUGGGCUUCCUCCACAACACGCACCACGAGAGGUCGUGGGGGAGAGGGAGGAUCAAGCAGCACGAGGAGUACCUGGUCUCCAACUUCGUCUCCGCCGCGUCCUUCCGCCCGCCGGCCUGCCACGAGCGCCGCCACUGGCGCGUCCUCGACUCCCGCCACGGCCUCGUCCUCUUCCACACCCCCAAAAGGGACGAGGACUUCGUCGUGUGCGACCUCGUCACCUACGACCGGUGGAGGAUCGACGCCGCCCCCGAUUGCGCGGAAAUCAUCUGGAAUCGUCAAGAUGACGACGAUGAGGAGGACGAGGAAGAGGUCGAGGGAGUAACCUGGAAUGCUGCAGUGCUCUGCGCCAAGGAUGGAUGCGACCACCUCUACUGCCAUGGCGGCCCUUUCCUUGUGGCCCUCGUCGGCUCCGACGAGGAACAGGAGCUCACCUUUGCAUCCGUAUACUCAUCAAAGACUGAUGAGUGGAGUGACAUGAUCUCCAUUGAGGGGCCGAAUGCCAUCGAGAUGACUGGGCAAAUUGGCGUUGUUGGAAAUAAGGUCUAUUUCCAAUGUGCAUAUACCCAAAGUAUUGUGGAGUACAACAUGGGUGAGGAAGAACUAUCGCUGAUUGGUCCAAUAUUUGAAGAUGAUAGAGAGGACAUGCCGACCAUUGACCUCAUGGGGAUGGAGGAGGGCAUGCUGCUGUUCGCCACCGUGCUGGAGCCUAGACUCUACCUAUGGUCAAUGGAAGCUGGCUCCAAUGGAGCUGCGCCAUUGGCACGGCGCAGAGUCAUUGAGCUCGAACCGUUGCUCCCUUCUGGUGCCCUCUUGGAUGUGUUCGUGGUUGGUUUUGCAGAAGGUGUUGGUCUCAUCUUCCUGAGUACAAAGGCUGGGUUGUACACAAUUGAGCUCAACUCAGGCCGAAGCAAGGAGGUACAUAGAGCGUCAUCUUUCAAAAGAGUCAUGCCCUACACAAGCUUCUACACUAGAGCUUGGGGGCGAAUGCCGACCUCUGACUAAGCUUCCUGUUGGUGCUACUGCUACAUCAGCAUAAUCAAAUGGCGUCAAAACAAUGGAUCUGUUUGCUUUUGCUGCCCAGGAAGAAUUUGUACCACUGAACUUCGGUGUCUUCUUUUGCUGGAUGUGUUGGAUUGUUCAGUCAGGGUGUAUGUGCUUUUGUUCUGUUUGUGCUUGUGCCAAAACUCGAGUCAGCAGUCAUUGUGUCCGUAACACCAGCAGGGUAUUGAUGUGUUUUGCCUAAGGAAUUAAGGUAAGGAAGUAGAACAUGAUCAAUUGUGACAGUAACUUAUGAGUGUAGACUUAAAGUACCUAAAUUUUAAGGAGACGGAGAUAUCUAUGUACUAAUAAUCAGCUGGGCUAUGUCGAUCUUUGGAAGGUCAUCUUAUAUUUC